GUCAGUGACUAUCCUGCUCACCGGUUCCGAGGGGGUCUAGCUUUUUGGCAUGGGAAGGAAAACCACUACCUGAUUAGAAAAGUGCUUGGGAGGCACAUUAAUCUUGCCGGCGUUGUCAGGAGUGAUCAGCGACUUUUAUUAAAAGCCCUGGGCUCGCCUGAAAGGCCUCCUUGUCUGAGUUUGAAAGGAAAGGGGCAUGCUAAGAUCUCGGGGCACGUUGUCGGGACCCCUCGCCCUGCCCCUUGGACUAUGAGCUGACACUCCAGGAAGGAGCACAGAAGCCCUCCUCUGUUGAAGGGGUUUUGCCGGGGACAGAAGCGCAUUGGCCCCUGUCAGCAUGAACUUUCUGAGUUGGGGGGGCCUGGACGCCCUGCUGCUGCUGCUCCUCCUGCGCUGGGCCAGCCCCACCUUCAUCAGCGUUAACCGCGGGGUGAGGGUGACGAAGGGGCGCUCCGCCUUCCUGUCAGGAGACGACCUGAAGUUUGCCAUUCCCAGAGAGAAGGAUGCCUGCAAAGUGGAGGUGGUGAUGAAUGAGCCCAUAACCCAGAGGGUUGGGAAACUCACGCCACAGGUCUUUGAUUGCCAUUUCCUUCCCAAUGAAGUAAAGUAUGUUCACAACGGUUGCCCAAUUCUUGAUGAAGACACGGUGAAGCUUAGACUUUACAGGUUUACUGAAACAGACACCUUCACAGAAACCUUUACCCUGCGGGUCUAUCUCCUGGAGCCAGAUUGUAACAUCAUCCGCAUGAGCAACAAUGCGCUGGAGGUGUCUGAAUUCUAUGGCCUGUCCCGGGCGAUUGAUAAGAACCUGCUCACGUUUGAUUAUGACAGGAUGGCUAGCCUGGAAUGCACGGUCAGGCUGGACCCUGUGAGAACUCGGCUGCCAGCCCACGGCCAGGUGGUUCUGCUGGAGCCUCGGCCAGAAGAACCUCGUGGAGAUCAGCCGCAUAGUUUUUUCCCUGAGUCCCACGUGGGAACAGAACUGAAGUGUCCAGGUGGAAGCUGUCCCCUGGGAUUGAAGAAAAUAGGAAGUCUCAAAGUAAGCUGUGAGGAGUUCCUGCUGAUGGGGCUUCGCUAUCAACACAUGGCCCCCCCCUCACCCGAUAUCGAUUAUAUCUCCCUCCGACUGGACCUCACAGAUAGCAGGAGUAAAAUCGUGUACAAGUCAGAGAGCGUGUGGUUGCCCGUCUAUAUCAGAGCUGGCAUUCCGAAUCAGAUUCCAAGGGCUGCCUUCAUGGCCAUGUUUACCCUGGAAGUGGAUCAGUUCAUCCUGACCUCUUUGACUACAUCAGUUCUGGACUGCGAAGAAGAUGAGACCCCCAAGCCCUUGCUGGUGUUCAACAUCACUGAAGCCCCGCUCCAGGGCUAUGUGACUCACCUGUUGGAUCACACCAGGCCGAUCUCCUCAUUCACCUGGAAAGAUCUCAGUGACAUGCAGAUUGCCUAUCAGCCACCAAACACCAGCCACUCUGAGAGGAGACAUUACGAGGUAGAGUUGGAGGUGUUCGACUUCUUCUUUGAAAGGAGUGCACCUAUUACCGUCCACAUCUCCAUCAGAACCGCAGAUACCAAUGCCCCCCGAGUAUCCUGGAACACAGGUCUGAAUCUUCUGGAGGGGCAGUCUCGGGCCAUCACGUGGGAACAGUUUCAGAUUGUAGACAACGAUGACAUUGGUGCUGUCCGGUUAGUCACCAUUGACGGCCUAAAGCAUGGACGGCUUACAUUAAGAGGGGGGAAAGGAUUUCUCUUCACCGUGGCUGACCUGCAGGCUGGAGUCGUUCGCUAUCAUCACGAUGACAGUGACUCCAGUAAAGACUUUGUGGUCUUCAGGAUAUUUGAUGGCCAUCACAGCAUCCAUCACAAAUUUCCCAUCAACAUCUUGCCCAAAGAUGAUAGUCCCCCAUUCCUCAUAACCAAUGUUGUGAUUGAACUGGAAGAGGGGCAAACUGUCAUGGUCCAGGGUUCCAUGCUAAGAGCGUCCGACGUGGACUCCAGUGAUGACUACAUCUUCUUUAAUAUCACAAAACCCCCGCAGGCCGGAGAGAUCAUGAAGAAGCCAGGGCUGGGACUAAUAGGCUAUCCUGUUCCUGGCUUCCUUCAGAGAGAUCUGUUCAAUGGGGUCAUUUAUUAUCGUCACUUUGGUGGAGAAAUCUUUGAAGAUUCUUUUGAAUUUGUCCUGUGGGACAGCCACGAACCUCCAAAUCUCUCAGUGCCACAGGUGGUGACGAUCCACAUCACUCCGGUGAAUGACCAGCUUCCAAAAGAGGCUCCUGGAGCUUCUCGGCAUUUGGUUGUCAAGGAAACUGAGGUGGCCUACAUAACUAAAAAACAUCUACAUUUUAUAGAUACAGAAGCGUAUGACCGGGAGCUGGUCUACACAAUAACGACACCCCCAUGUUUCCCCUUCAGCCACAGGCAGUUGGAUGCUGGGAAAUUAUUCAUGGUGGAUAGCAUACCAAAGCUGACCAAAAAUCCUAUAGCCGUGGGGCUGAGGUCAUUUACUCAGCAUGCUGUGAACUAUAUGAAAGUGGCUUACAUGCCACCCAUGCAAGAUAUUGGCCCCCAUCUCCGACACGUCCAGUUCAUGUUUUCUGUCAGUAACCAACAUGGCGGCACUUUGCACGGGAUCUGCUUUAACAUUACGAUUCUCCCAGUGGACAAUCAGGUUCCUGAGGUACUCACCAACCCCCUGAGAGUGGCUGAGGGAGGCCAAUGCAUCAUCAGCACAGAGCACAUUCUGGUUUCAGAUGUGGAUACCAAGCUGGACAACGUCCACCUCUCCCUGCAGGGACUGCCUCCGCACGGAAGGGUGGAGCUGGAUGGAUUUCCACUAAACACAGGGGACGCAUUUUCUUGGAGGGACCUCCAUACCUUAAAAGUUAGGUAUCGACAUGAUGGAUCUGAGGUUCUGCACGAUGACGUACCCUUGGAGGUCACUGAUGGCACAAAUUCAGCAGAAUUUGUUCUACAUGUUGAGGUAUUCCCUGUAAAUGAUGAGCCACCAGUCCUAAAGGCUGGCCUCAUCCCCGUAAUGCAUUGCUCGGAGGCCGGAGAGGUGGUCAUCAGCUCUGAAUACAUUUUUGCUACUGAUGUGGACAGUGAUGACUCGAAACUGACGUUUAUGAUUGUUCAAAAACCUCAGCAUGGGGUGGUGAGGAAAGCUGGAGUCCCAGUGGAUCAGUUCUCUCAGGGAGACGUUAUCUCAGGGGUUGUGACAUACAGACACACAGGUGGUGAGAUUGGCUUGGUGCCUUGUUUUGACACCAUUACAUUGGUGGUUUCGGAUGCAGAAGCUGGCCCUUUUGUGAAUGGCUGUUGCUACAAUGGACCUAAUCCAUCUGUUCCUCUUCAUGAGUCCUUCCCAGUGUAUGAGCUCAACAUCACAGUACAUCCAGUAGACAACCAGCCACCUUCAAUUGCGAUAGGUACCGUGUUCCUUGUAGAGGAGGGUUUCUCAGCAGCCCUUACCAUUUACCAUUUGUCUGCCACUGACCCCGACACUGCAGCAGAUGACUUGGAAUUUGUUUUGGUUUCUCCUCCCCAGUUUGGCUACCUCGAAAACACACUCCCUUCUGCAGGUUUUGAAAAAAGCAAUAUGGGCAUAAGUAUAGCUUCAUUUCAGUGGAAAGACAUGAAGGCUUUGCACAUUAACUAUGUGCAGUCCAGACAUCUGAGGAUAGAACCAACUGCCGACCAGUUCACGGUGUUUGUCACAGAUGGGAAGCAACGCUCCUUGGAGAUACCAUUUUAUGUUAUAAUCAACCCCACAAAUGAUGAAGCUCCUGACUUUGUAGUGCAGAAUAUUACGGUAUGCGAGGGUCAGAUGAAGGAGCUGGAUCUUUCCAUCAUCAAUGCUGCUGACCUGGAUGUUCCCAAGGACCCCCUGCUGUUCAGCAUCACUCACAACCCUCACCACGGCCUCCUCAUCAAUGGGGGGUUUGGCAAAGACUUUCCUAAGAGUAAGCAGCUAGCCCACCCUGAACAGAAGUUUGAACUUGUUCACAACUUUUCCAUGGAGCUUCUCAAGACUGGAAUGAGGUUGACAUAUGUGCAUGAUGACUCGGAGAGCCUUGCUGAUGACUUUACAAUCCAGUUGUCAGAUGGGAAACAUAAGAUACUUAAAACCAUUUCAGUAGAAGUCACCCCAGUUAAUGAUGAGAAACCAAUGCUGACCAAGAAGGCUGAAAUUGCAAUGAAUAUGGGUGAAACUCGUAUUAUUUCUAGUGCUGUUCUUUCAGCCAUAGAUGAAGACUCACCCAGGGAGAAGAUUUACUAUUUAUUUGAAAGGCUUCCCCAAAACGGGCAACUUCAGCUUAAGAUAGGGAGGGACUGGGUCCCUCUGUAUCCUGGGAUGAAAUGCACUCAGGAGGAAGUGGAUCUGAACUUGCUGAGAUACACGCACACCGGGGCAAUGGAUUCCCAGAAUCAAGAUAGCUUCACCUUCUCCCUUUGGGAUGGCGACAAUAGGUCACCUGCUUUUGACUGUCAUAUCACCAUCAAGGACAUGGUAAAAGGUGAUAUCGUCAUCCUCACAAAACCACUGGUGGUGUCUAAAGGUGACAGAGGUUUCUUGACAACCACCACUCUCCUGGCUUUGGACGGAACAGACAAGCCUGAGGAGCUGCUCUAUGUUAUCACCUCCCCGCCACGACAUGGCCAGUUGGAAUAUGUUCGAUACCCUGGAAUCCCCAUUACAAGCUUCAGCCAAAUGGAUGUAGCAGGGCAGAUGGUUUGCUACGUACAUAAGGGCAAGGCAGCUGUCCCAAGUGACACGUUCAGAUUCAUCGUCAGCAAUGGACUGCGGACCAAGCACGGGGUGCUUGAGAUCACGCUGGAGACUGCGGACACAGCCUUGCCCGUGGUGACCAGGAACAAGGGGUUGAGACUGGCCGCAGGGGCCAUGGGCCUGCUUUCCCCUGACCUCCUUCAGCUGAGCGACCCUGACACGCCUGUGGAGAGCCUCACCUUCCUCCUGGCCGAGCUCCCAAAGCAUGGCCAGCUCUACCUGCGGGGGACAGCGCUGCUUCAACACAAUUUCACUCAGCAGGAUGUGGACAGCAGGAGUGUGGCCUAUCAGCACUCAGGAGGGGACUCCCACAUUGACUGCUUCACUUUUGUGGCCACUGACAGGACAAACCGGGGCUUUGUUGUGAAUGGGAGAGUGUGGGAAGAACCCGUUUCAUUCACCAUUCAGGUGGACCAGUUGGACAGAACAGCCCCCCGGAUCACGCUCUUGCAUUCCCCUUCUCAAGUGGGGCUCCUAAAAAAUGGCUGUUACGGGAUUUACAUUACUUCCCGUGUGCUGAAGGCAUCAGACCCUGACACUGAGGACGAUCAAAUCAUCUUUAAGAUUUUACGAGGCCCACAACAUGGACAUCUGGAGAACACAACAACAGGUGAAUUUAUCCGUGAGAAAUUUAGUCAAAAGGACUUAAACAGUAAGACCAUACUUUACAUCAUAAACCCAUCUUUGGAAGUAAAUUCAGAUAUCAUGGAAUUUCAGAUCAUGGACCCCACAGGGAACUCUGCCACUCCUCAAAUUUUGGAAUUGAAGUGGUCUCAUAUUGAAUGGUCACAGACUGAAUAUGAGGUCUGUGAGAAUGUGGGCACUCUGCCCUUGGAAAUUACCAGAAGGGGAUAUUCGAUGGACUCGGCCUUUGUGGGCAUAAAGGUCAACCAAGUGUCAGCUACAGUUGGAAAAGAUUUCACUGUGACUCCAUCUAAACUGAUUCAGUUUGACCCAGGAAUGUCAACUAAGAUGUGGAAUAUAGCAAUUACCUAUGACGGAUUAGAGGAAGAUGAUGAGGUCUUUGAAGUAAUUCUGAACUCCCCUGUGAAUGCAGUUCUUGGCACAAAGACAAAAGCUGCAGUGAAAAUUUUGGACUCAAAAGGAGGACAGUGCCAUCCUUCAUACUCCCUCAACCAAAGCAAGAACAACACAUGGGAGAAGGGCAUUUGGCGCCCACUACCCCCAGGGUCUUCCUCACCCACCACUUCUGGUUCUUUUCAUCUGGAAAGAAGACCUCUUCCAUCUUCCAAGUGGCUAGCGGUCACCAGGGGAGACACCCUGCGGGGCUUUGAUUCUACAGAUCUUUCUCAAAGGAAGCUUAGGACCCGCGGGAAUGGCAAAACAGUUCCUCCAUCCUCUGUUUAUAGAAAUGGAACAGAUAUCAUCUAUAAUUAUCAUGGAAUGGUUUCCUUUAAACUAGAGGAUGACAGUUCCCCAACUCAGACAAGGAAGGCCAAAGUAUCCAUCAUUAGUCAGCCACAAAAGGCAACCAAAGUGCCAGAGCUGCCUCAGGCAGAUAAGGUGGAAUCCACAAGUGACUCACACUUCUCCAGACAGGGCCAGUUGCCCUCAUUUGCAAAGAACUGCACUCUGGAAUUAAAGGGGCUCUUCCAUUUUGAAGAAAGCACCCAAAAACUCUAUCAAUGCAAUGGGAUUGCCUGGAAAGCCUGGAGCCCCCAAACCAAGGUUGUGGAAGAAAAAUCCUGCCCAGCUGGGUGGCUCCAACACUCAGGCUACUGUCACAUCUUGAUCACAGAGAAGAAAGGCACCUGGAAUGUGGCUGCCCGAGCCUGCAGGGAACAAUACCUGGGCAGCCUUGUAACUGUGUUCUCCAGGCAGCACAUGAGAUGGCUCUGGGACAUCAGUGGGAGAAAGCCCUUUUGGAUAGGUUUGAAUGACCAAGUGUAUGCUGGCCGCUGGGAGUGGAUCGGUGGUGAACCUGUCACCUUCACCAGCGGGAAGAGAGCCCCCCGUCAACACUUACAGCCUGGGAGGAACUGUAUUUUGGUUCAGAGACGAGGGAAAUGGCAAACAAAGGACUGUAGGAAGGGCAAACCUCACAAUUAUGUGUGCUCCAGAAAACUCUAAAUGUAACUGGCCCUACAGGUGCCCACCUGGGAUUUAUCACCUAUUUAUUUACAGGAUUUGUGAAUGUUGAUCCACAGAAAACAAAUUAUUAUGACUGACUGGGUACAUCUUCAUGAUUCUAUUAAUAGUAAAAAUGGAGCAUGGAUUAAUAGUUCCAGGAAGAUUGCUACAUGAGUAUUUCUUACAAGAUGAGAUACAAUUUUUGCAUCUCCAUGCCUUUCAAAAUAAAUGCCUGCAGUAUUAUAAGGUGUAAGAUUUGCUUAUUCUAGAAGAUCUCUACCCUCAACACACUCCAAAUCUGAGGCAACGCCAAUUUCAUGGUCCUGGGAUUUUUUUUUGUCCCAUUACCUCAAAUGAGUCCAUUCUGAAAUAUAUAUUGUAGGAGCUCCUACCACUUCCGUCUGAGUGAAGCUAACCCACCAGCUCAUUACACCAAGGUUGAACUGCAAAGGGCUGCUUUGUCCCUUGGGAGCCCUUUAAAUGUGAAACAUGAGAUGAGAUGUGGAUAAAAAAGAGAAUUCCCUGUGCUGAAAAAGGAAGGCUUUGGAUGGAAGAAUCUUGCAAUGGAGGCUUAUCUGCAAAUCUCUAAUUCAUGUAAGAAUCCAGAGGACUACCUGUACUUCAGAGAUCUACCCGUCACUUAUGAAACAGAUCUUUUCCAGUAUGAGUAUUGGCACUGUACCAUUCCAAAGCUAAUGAUUGGGUUUCCACAGCCUUACAGAGUCAUGAAAAAUUUGAAGUAACAUAAUCUCUUCAUCUGUGUUUAUUGUACUGACUAGCAUUUCUCAAGGACAUUUGGAUUAGAGUAUAAAUAAAUGAUGGUUGACAUAUGGAAGAAAAAUACUGCUUCCUCAGAAGUGUCCCCAUGAACUAUGCUGAUGAACAAAGAAAAAUAACACUGAAAAGAGAGCCCUUGAAAGCCUAUAUUCUUGGAAAGGAUUUUGAGGCAAUUUUGAGCCCUUAAAUCUUUAAUAUUUGCAGAAAUGCCAUGUUAACUAGAUUCUCUAAUGGAAAGGUAUCUUAUUAAUUUAUAAUCACAGCUGAGCAGAAUAUUUUUGUAGCAAUGAAGCAUGUUGCAGCAUUACCAGAACUUCCUUCUGAAAUCAAGAUUUAAUUACAGGAAAUUAGAACUUUAUUCUGAAAUAUUUAUUUAACAUUUUUCUCUUUUCAUAGUCACUGAAAAACAGAGUUGCACCAAAUAUAACUUGCUAUGUGAGUAUCAGUGUAAUGUCAGAAUCAAAAUGGGAUUAUCAAGUAGACUACAGCUUUGGUUUUAUUCUAUAAGUACCUUGAGUGUUGAGGACACUAAAAAUGCUUAAAGAAAAUGAGUUCAGUUUCUGCAUAUAAAAACAUGACAAGCUUGUUUUAUUUCAGCUCAUUUAUCAAAGUUUUAAUUAAUAGAAAAAUUUACAAAGAGAGAUUGAGAUGAGACUCAGACAUUCUACCUCCUACUUAAAUGUAAAUGUAAUUGUAGAGUCAGGGGACUCCUUGCCUUAGAUGUCCCAAGUAGGUUCCAUAUUUCUAUAAUAUACAGAUUUUCUGUGGGAUACAAGCAGUUUUUGGUGUUUAACUAAAAGAUGACAAACCCAUACUUUGUACCAGGUCCAGUCAAAUUCCUUCUGAUCCACUGGCUUCUGCAGUGUGAGAAGGUGAGAUUUGGGCUUAAAAACAAAAAAGAGUUAUUUGCCUAAAGGGUUAAGUCCUAGGAAGGAAGGUAAAAGUUCGAGAAAUGAGGGAUUACUCUUUCCUACUGGAACUCUAAAACUAUAUAGACUAUUUAAAACUGGAAAUCUAGAACCAUGUGAACUAUGUAGAAUCUGGUUAGCAUGGUAGGUUUAUUACACAUUUCUGCAAUGAAAAUAAUACUUAACUGUAAUUGCAAGUGUUAGCAUGAAGAGAAAAUAUUUUGAUUUUUAUAACAAUUAGAAAUACCACUAAUAGAAGAAUACUUAAAAAUAGUCCUGAUGGCAAAAGCAUUAAUCAGCUGGAAAAUCCAAGUAAUUGAAAGAAGAUAAAAAUAGAAAUUCAGCCAAGUUUGGGUGCUGGGCGAUAUUCAUCAUGACCUUCGUUUCUUUCUCAUGAUUGGGCUUUGAGUCAGGGAGAAAAAUAAUUCAAUAACUGUCGUAGUUCUUCUGCCUUGAUUGGUCAUUUCUGCCUUUUAGGUUCUGUUGAGAGUGGGAAGGAAGGAAAUGGAGUAAUGGGUAAAAUGGGAAUGAGAGAUUAUAGGAGAGAAAAGGGGAGAGGGUGAAAAGGGUUGGCAGGGAAUGGUGGGAGUUAUGGUGGGCAGGAAGGAAAGCAUCAGGAGGAAGGAUCUGAAUGUACCUAGCUCUUCUCUCCGACCUUGAAUACCAAUUCAGGAAAAAUCCCUCUGUAUCCAACGGCAUCAAUCCAGCUCUGUAGUGUGUAGCUUUUCAGAAUCUUCUGAUAGUUUGGUCCUUAACAAAUACACAGCACAUAUUUGCUAAAAAUAAACUUAAACAACAUAUGAUAAUCAUUUCAUCUCCUUCCAAGAAGUGGUGAAAAUGAACCAGGUGACAUUAAUUUGCAUUCUUGUUUUUGUUUAUUUUUAAUACCGCCAAAAAGAGAUGCACAUAUUUUAAUUAACAGUAUGGUUCUGUGUAAUUUAAACUAUAAACUGGUGCUGAUUAAUUUCUGCAACAAAGCAGCGUAUUAAAUGUACUGUAUCUAGUGUUGUAUCAAAAUGAAUGAAAAUAAACUUAUUUUAUGAGUUCUAAG